AUGGUCGUCAAGCAAUUUUACCUGCUGGGAGAGCCUAGCUCUACAGCAAGGAAUGUUGAGUUUGAAGAAAAGAUUGACUUUGAAGGAUUGCAGCAUUGGAUUGCUGGCCAGUUUGCCAUUGUCGAGUCAAACGGCAUUGGCUUCCAGUCUUCAGAGGCUAUGCUCUCGAGUGUCUCCGAAGUCCUCUCCUCCGCAGACCCAAUCGCCAUUUCGAUAGAUGGCAAGCCCGUCCGCGAGAUCCCCGGCCCUAAAGGCCUUCCCUUCGUGGGUAACUUCUUCGAAAUCUACCCAGACCACUUGGGUAACCACCAGCGACUCUUCGAUCAAUAUGGUCCCAUCUUUCAAACUACCAAUAUGGGCCGCACAAUCUACCACACCAAUGACCCCCAACUAAGCGCAAUCGUCUUCGCAGAGUCAGAUUUCUUCAGCAAGAAAAUCAACGAAGCCCACCCUCUGUACCCUAUCAAGAACCAAGAAGCAGGUGUCUUCCUCGGUGAUACGGAUACCCCAGAAUGGCGCGCCGCACACAAAUUCCUGCCGCCAGCUCUGGGCCCCAAGGCCGUGCGCCACUAUGCGCCGACGAUGCAAUCCACCGUUGAAGACGCGUUUAGCGUAUUCGAUCAGCUGGAUGAGGCGGGCGAGGCCUGGAAUGUGUACCAGUACAUGCUGAAGCUCGGUUCGCAGGCGGUUGGUAAAUUGGUGCUGGGUAUUGACUUUAAGCACUUUACCAGUCCGGAUGCGCCACCUCAUGAGCUUGUGUAUCGUAUUGCAGAGUCGUUGACGUUGAAUAAGAAGGUUGCGGCGCGUGGUGAUUGGUAUGCUAAGCUGCCCUUUGGUGAUCCCAAGAAGUUGCGGGAUGCGAGGUGGCGUAUCAUUGAGAUGGUCAAUGAGUCUAUUGCGAAUGCAGAGCGUGGUGGUGUGGAAGACUUGCCCUUGCAAGAUGCUGCGCUGAAGGCGACGAACAUGGUUGACUACGCAAUUCGGGCAACAGACAACAAGGGCGAAAAACUCCCCAAAACAAGCCUCAUGCAAGCCCUCGUCGUAGCCACCGGCGCAGGUUUCACAACGACCAGCUCCCUCCUCUCCUGGCUCAUCUACUCCCUCGUCAACUACGACGGCAUGCAAGAGCGUCUCCUCCAAGAACUCAUCGACAACGACAUCAACGCAGACACCCAAAUCACCGCCGACCUCACCGACAAACUCACCUUCAUGGACAAGUUCAUCAAAGAAACCCAACGCCGUCACAACCCCUCCUACCAACCCGCCCGCACAGCAAAGGUCUCCAUGAUCCUACCAGGCGGAUACAAACUCCCCGCCGACGCAGUUGUCAUCCCGGCCCUGCACCACGUCCACAAUAACCCUGCCGUGUGGGAUAACCCGGCACGAUUUGACCCAGAUCGGUGGGAUACUGAUGCGGUGCGGAAUCGUCAUAAGGCGGCUUAUAUUCCUUUUGCGGCGGGCCCACGGAUGUGCAUUGGUUUCAACUUUGCAUUGCAGGAGGUUAAGGUGUUCUUGCCCAAGUUGUUGUAUCGGUAUAAGUUUACGAGGGAAAAUGAUGGGCCGAUUGAGUAUGAUCCGAUGUUCCAGUUGAUUCGGCCGAAUAAUUUGUAUGUUAGGGCUGAGAGGAGGGUUAAGUGGCCGCCUAAGACGGAGGUUUGA